CAGGCCAGGCCAGCUCCCCUGGCAGCAGAGCCGGGGCAGGUGACAGGCGGGCGUCGCAGCUGAGGGAGCGAGGAGACGCCUGGGAACCGGAGCUGGAAGCCUAAAGAGGUCCAGUCAGAGCCCAAGAGCCCGAGCCACCCCUCCCGCUGCCCGCCAUGGGGGAGAUGGAGCAGCUGCGGCAGGAAGCAGAGCAGCUCAAGAAGCAGAUUGCAGAUGCCAGGAAGGCCUGUGCUGACAUUACUCUGGCAGAGCUGGUGUCUGGCCUAGAGGUCGUGGGACGAGUGCAGAUGCGGACGCGGCGGACGCUAAGGGGACACCUGGCCAAGAUCUACGCCAUGCACUGGGCCACCGACUCCAAGCUGCUGGUAAGUGCCUCGCAAGACGGGAAGCUGAUUGUGUGGGACACCUACACCACCAACAAGGUGCACGCCAUCCCGCUGCGCUCCUCCUGGGUCAUGACCUGUGCCUACGCCCCGUCGGGGAACUUCGUGGCAUGUGGGGGGCUGGACAACAUGUGCUCCAUCUACAGCCUCAAAUCCCGGGAGGGCAAUGUCAAGGUCAGCCGGGAGCUCUCUGCUCACACAGGUUAUCUCUCCUGCUGCCGCUUCCUGGACGACAACAACAUUGUGACCAGCUCCGGGGACACCACGUGUGCUCUGUGGGACAUCGAGACCGGGCAGCAGAAGACUGUGUUUGUGGGACACACGGGGGACUGCAUGAGCCUGGCCGUGUCCCCUGACUUCAAACUCUUCAUUUCGGGGGCCUGUGAUGCCAGCGCCAAGCUCUGGGAUGUGCGGGAGGGGACCUGCCGGCAGACGUUCACGGGCCACGAGUCGGACAUCAAUGCUAUCUGCUUCUUCCCCAACGGAGAGGCCAUCUGCACGGGCUCGGACGACGCCUCCUGCCGCCUGUUUGACCUGCGGGCAGACCAGGAGCUGACCACCUACUCCCACGAGAGCAUCGUCUGCGGCAUCACAUCCGUGGCCUUCUCCCUCAGCGGCCGCCUGCUCUUUGCGGGCUACGACGACUUCAACUGCAAUGUCUGGGACUCCAUGAAGUGCGAGCGAGUGGGCAUCCUCUCUGGCCACGACAACAGGGUCAGCUGCCUGGGGGUCACAGCUGAUGGGAUGGCUGUGGCCACUGGUUCCUGGGACAGCUUCCUCAAAAUCUGGAACUGAGGAGGCUGGAGGAGGGGAGGUAAAAGGCCACGAAGACACUCGGCUGCCCUCUCCCCUGCCCGAUUUCUUUAAGAUUUUCUCUUCUACCCUGCAGCCGCCCUUCCCGCCCAGCUUUCCCCUUUGAGGGCGUGGGGAGUACGGGGAGAGUGCCUUUGGGAGGCAACACCAGGGACAUGGGUGGGGAACUGCCCCAUCUCCUCCCACGGCCUCCCCUUCUCCAUGGUCCUGACAGCUUCUCCACCCUUGGCAGGCCUAGCAGGCUUCCCAUCUGAGGCCACAGGCCCUAGGAUUCCCCUGCCCCCAGAGCCACCACCUUUGUCUAGACCCGAGUGGCGCAGGGCCCUCAGCUCUGGCACCACUAGGGUCCUGGCCCCCUUUUCCUUCGUACUUCCUCCUUUGUCUACCUUCUUGCCUCUCCUAAAGCACUGGCAAUAAAGUAGUGCCCUGGUAUGUCUGUGA